ACAGCGACCCCAAGAGCCAACUGCAUUCAAAGCCCAUGCCGACUUCGCCCCUUCUCUCUCCACCAUGACCAAAACCCAAAACAAGGACCAAGAAACUAAUCCCCAAGGCGGUUGCUUUCCGGGAUGUUUUGGAUUUUCCCGAGAAACAGUUUCCGGGCAAAACACGGCUAGCGAGAAAAAGGCCCGUUGUUGUUUCAGGUCGAGUUAUGACGCCAACAACUCCGCCAUCAAUACCAUGCCAGUGAAUACGGCCGGGAAAACGGAGAUAGAUAAAAUAAAGAAUGCAUCAAGAUCAAAGAAGUGGCAAAGGAAAUCAGACGGUCAGCUUUCAUCCAAUCAUGAUCAGAGCUUGAUCACUGCCAAUCAAAAGCUUCAAACACAAUCGGAACGAGAUCAAGCUCCGGUGAAGAAACCCGAUGAGAGAAAGAAUACACAUGAACAGCACAUCAUCCUCGAUAAUGGUGAGAAAAGUUUGGAUUCUUCGGAAGUUCCACCACGGGAUAACAAGUAUCAAAGACGGCUAUGCCGGACAAUGAAGUCAGCAGUAAUCAGGACAAGCCAACCAGAUUCUCCACCACCAGACGUGAUCAGGUCCAAGGGGAAGCUGUCUCACUCGGUUUCCUUACCGUCUCCAGCUCCAAGAAAAUGGUUUGGUCCAACAACGCUCAGUGAGGUUAUUUCCAAGGAGUUGGGAGGAGGAAACAAUGAGAAAUUUGAUCCAGUGAUGGGGAUGUCAAUUAUUCUGGUAACUUUGAUAAUAAUGUUAUUUUGGGGUCGAUUAUGUGCUAUACUUUGCACAUCAGCUUGGCUUUAUUUCUAUCCUCGAUUGAGAAAACACGACAUUGAUACAAAAGCGAAGGUCUCAAAUUUGAAUUCGGAAGAGUAUAAGAAGAAAGUGGUUAUGGAAGGAUUGCUGGAGAGAAGAAAACACCUGGCUACAUCGUGAAUUUCCUUGUAUGUGUAUAUUUUGUAAAGUGCAGGUUAGCGGUGAUAUUAUUUAUUUUGCUAAAGUGAGCUGGAUGACAUUUUCUGUAAAUUAGCGAUGGAAAGAUGUCUAAAUUUGUAAACGGGUAAAGUUUUAUUAAUCUUCUAGAAGUUGUUCCAUGUGAUUGCAUCUGAUUUCCCUAACUUGAAUGGCGACAGGCCACAUGCGCUACCUCAGGAAAUGGGUUUCCGGUAGAUAACCGGCCCCGGAAAGGUCAAGAAAUCUUGUGAGAGUACAUUAAUUAUAAAGUACAGGAAGGAAGAAAUCUUGAUUUGUAUAGAAGAUUGUACGCUGAUAAAAUGCUGAAAAGGAAAGAACUCAAGAGGGAGAAUUCAUCGGACAGAGGGGGAAGGAGGCUGCACCCCGUUCCUGCGUUUUUGUGAAGGCCAAGGGAGCUAGGGCAUUUUCAAUGAGAGUUGAGCCGGUUGGGGGGUUGACUUCACAUUUUUUUUCCUCGGGUUGGCCGAAUGAAAUGGUGGGCUUGGG